UUACGCAGCAGUUUCCGGUUUCAAGAUGGUCGCUUAAGCUGUUUAGUUUAUCCCAUCUCCGUUUUUUUUUUUUUUUUUUUUUUUUUUUUUGUUAAAUCCGGAUGUGACGUAUUAAAGGACCGCCGGAAAUAGAAGUGAAAGCAUUCUGAAAUGGCGAACCGCACGGUGAAGGAUGCGCAUAGCAUCCACGGCACCAACCCUCAAUAUCUGGUGGAGAAGAUCAUUCGAACCCGAAUUUAUGAGUCCAAAUACUGGAAAGAAGAGUGCUUUGGACUUACAGCUGAACUUGUAGUAGAUAAAGCCAUGGAGUUAAGGUUUGUGGGUGGCGUCUAUGGUGGCAACAUAAAGCCAACUCCCUUUUUAUGUUUGACCUUGAAGAUGCUUCAAAUUCAACCAGAGAAGGACAUCAUUGUAGAGUUUAUCAAAAAUGAAGACUUCAAGUAUGUCCGCAUGUUGGGAGCACUUUACAUGAGGCUGACAGGCACUGCAAUUGAUUGCUACAAGUACUUGGAGCCUCUGUAUAACGACUACAGAAAAAUCAAGAGCCAGAACCGUAAUGGAGAAUUUGAACUAAUGCACGUAGACGAGUUUAUUGAUGAACUGCUGCACAGUGAGAGAGUCUGUGAUAUCAUUCUCCCACGGCUGCAGAAACGCUAUGUGCUAGAGGAAGCCGAGCAACUGGAGCCACGGGUUAGUGCUCUAGAAGAAGACAUGGAUGACGUGGAGUCCAGUGAAGAAGAGGAGGAGGAGGAUGAAAAGCUGGAGCGAGUACCAUCACCUGAUCACCGCCGCCGAAGCUACCGAGACUUAGACAAACCCCGGCGCUCUCCCACACUGCGCUAUAGGAGGAGUAGGAGCCGGUCUCCAAGAAGGCGGAGUCGGUCUCCCAAGAGGAGGAGCCCCUCCCCUCGCCGAGAAAGGCAUCGGAGCAAAAGUCCAAGACGACAUCGCAGUAGGUCCCGUGAUAGACGGCACAGAUCCCGUUCCAAAUCACCAGGUCAUCAUCGUAGUCACAGACAUAGGAGCCACUCAAAGUCUCCUGAAAGAUCUAAGAAAAGCCACAAGAAGAGCCGGAGAGGGAAUGAAUGAAUGAUGGACUCUGGUUUUAGUCCAAAUGGCUUAUGGAUGAAGGCAUCUGUGUGGAAGGAUUAAGAACUUCCUAGGCAGCUAUGAGAAUUUUUUUAGCCAAUAUUCUCUUUUCUAAAUGAAAGAGGUGCUGAGAUUUGUAUCUCUUCUUGAAUCAUAACCUAUGUUUGAGGAAUAGUGUUACCCAAUUGUUGCUUCUGACCCUUUAGUACAACAACUCUUCGUUUAUUCAAACUUGUAAGGGAAGAAAGGAUUUGGGAUGUGGAAGGUAUGAGUGACCAGCAAAGGUUAUGGCCACCUGAUCACUUUUUUUUUUAUUAAAUUUGACAUAUCCAUCUUGCAUUUUUCUAUACUUUAGAUUUUGGGUUGCCCCAUGUUAUGAAGAUGCUGAGAUUUAUGCUGCUGCUACUGCAUUCAGAGCUCAAAUCAGUAAAACACAUUGGCUUCUACUCUUCCCCCACCCCAACAUCAGCGAAGUGAUAAUAAACAUGAAAAAUAACUGACAGUAACAGCUUUGUAAAGACAGAAUGCAUUCAAAUGUUAAGGCUUUUGUAACAUUUAAUCCACAGUUGCAUUGAAUAGUUCAACAAACAGAAUUAACACCUUUUAUACAAUAUUCUUACAUAGUAUUCGCCCCCCCCACCCAAAAAGCCUUGAAUUCCAGAUUAAAAGUGCUCAGUCUUUAUCCUACAAACAUUGACAUUAUCCAACUUUAGUCAGUGGCAGUAGGGUAACAAGACUGAAAAAAGUUGAUGGAGAGAAAGGCUAUCUAAUAGCAUUUGUGGUUUUGACUAGAAUUGGUGGACAACAGUGCCAUAUACAAAAGCAGGAAUUACACAGCGGGAAGAGACAGGAUUUAGAAGGGCAGGUAGUAAGAGGUGUGGUGGCAGGGAAAAUAAUGCAUUUAAAGUUUGAGAUAGCUAUGCUAUAUCUAGCCAAACCCCAGACAGUUAGAAAUAGGAACUCCAGUUAAACAUAGUAAUCUAGGCCUGAAAUGACAUUGUUUAGGUAAUUGGAAGACACAGAAUUAAAUGAGAUUUCCCAGAAGCGUAUGUAAGAAAAAUCAACAGCUGAAUAAUAGGCAAUAACAACAUUGGUGAGAGGAAAAAGUGCAAUUUCAAAACUACCAUUUAAAAAAGUAGUUCAAAAAAGUGAAGCACCUAAGGUUGCAGAAGCAAAAUAAGGACUUAAAACUGCCCACUGAUAAGCAAGAGGGUAUUGAGAGUCUUUGCUAGGAGAUCUGUCUGCCUAUACUUACCUUUCUGUUUUUACAAUGGAAAAGUGAAUUGAAUGGCUUCCUGUACCUCUAGUCCCAGAAAAAAUUGUGAAGAGAGGAUUCAUUUUCUUGGGAAGUCAUAUGUGGUCAUAGGAUAAGCAUACUGCUGUUUGCUAUUGAAUUGCAGGACUUCCGCAGCAAUAUUAAAAGCAUGGUGGGAUCAUGUUUGAUAUUUUACAUUCUUUGGAAAUUUUCAAUACUUUAGCUAGUAAAAAGAUGUUCACAUGAGCUAUUAUGAUUUACAACUAGACAGAAUUACGUUUAAAAAUUAAAUAUUAAUGCUAUUAAUAAUAUCUUAGCAGAGUCCUAGCAGUUCUUUCUUUACCAAAGUGAUCUAGGUGGAAAAAUGUCCUUGGGCUAAAUGACCAACUACGUUGUCAUCUAGUAUAAUGUUUUAAAUAAGUUUUUAUUUUAAAAUAAAUAAAUUUAAACUAGAAUUUUAAUAACAGAAAUACCACUCCUCCCAUACCACCACCACCCACCCCCCCCAAAAAAAAAAAAAACUAAGAAGCACACUUACUUGGGCAUAUGAAAUCUGGACCAAAAUGGGGCAGCAUAGUCAACCUAUAGCAGGAAGUAGAUUAUCCUUAUUCCUUAUUAGUAUAAAGAAUGAGUGAGACACAUUGAACAUCUCUCUAGAGACUGUUUUGACAAAUUACAAAAUUGCAGAUGAAGCUUUAAGAUAGACCUUGCCACGAGGAUAUGGAGAAAAAGGAACUCUCCUGCACUGUUGGUGGGAGUGCAAACUGGUCCAACCACAAUGGAAAGCUGUGUGGAGAUUCCGCAACCUACUAAAAAUAGAGCUUCCAUAUGAUCCAGCAAUUCCACUCCUAGGUAUUUACCCAAAGAAUACAGAAUAAUUCCAAAGGGCACCUGCACCCCUAUGUUUAUAGCAGCACUAUUUACAAUAGCUAAGCUUUGGAAACAACCCAAAUGCCCAAAUACAGAUGACUGGAACAAGAAGAUGUGGUAUAUAUACACAAUGGAAUAUUACUCAGCAAUCAAAAAAGAUAAAACUCAUGCAAUUUGCAGCAACAUGGAAGGAGCUGAAAGGGAUCAUGCUCAGCGAAGUAAGCCAGAAAGAAAACUACCGGAUGGUCUCACUCAUAGCAGGAAUCUAGAAAACCUAAAUAAGGGACCAGGAAAAAGAAUAACUAUGAGAAAGAAAAAAUCAACAAGCAACCAUAAACCAGAGACACACUGGCGGG